AUGAGACCCACAUCAAUCUUAGCCGGAGCAUCGAGGCUACCAUUGACGCCCAAGAGGGGUAACAAAGAUUUUUACAAAGGUACUGGUCAAUCGAGAGUGCCGGGAGGUGGACAUCGGACUGGACCUCCAGGUGUACAUGUUGUGAAAGGAAAAGCGAAGUACAGGGUUUUAGAUGAAAAAGUCAGAGUUUUCGUUGGACCCGGAGCGAAAGUAUUAGAAGAGACCGAGCUACGACCAUAUGUUGGAACACAUCAAUUGAUAAAUGCAUCUCAAAACAUAACACAAUUCUUCAAUCCUUAUUCACGUGGAUCAAGUUCAAGACCUAAAUUCCCAUCAUUCUCACCUAUGCCCAUACCAUCAUCUGAAUCAUCGAAAUUGACAAGAAAAGAUUACACAUCGUUUUCGAAACGAUAUCAAGGGUUGAACGGUCCGGAGAAACAAGCUCUGAUCAUGGAUUUCAGGAGGAAUUGGUUUAAUGCUAUGUCACAAGCAUAUGGUGGGACUUCAGUAACGGAAGCUCGGAAGGAAGAGAAAGAGACUCAAGAAGUGGAAGGAAGACUCCAAUCAGAGGGUAAAGUGGAACCAACACAACCAACCGCAUAG